AUGUCAGACACUAAAACGCCAACGAAAGACGAUUCCUUGGAUAGAAGAACAUUGUUUGUCCGUUCAAUUCCAUUUGACGUGACAAAUGAUGAGUUAUCAGACUUUUUCUCGCAGUUUGCACCUGUUAGGCAUGCUGUUAUAGUGAAUGACGCCGAGAAGAAAUCAAGAGGAUUUGGUUUUGUUUCGUUCACAAACGACGACGAUACAUUAGUUGCUUUACAAAAAGCCAAGACUGCCAAAAUCAAAGAUAGAUUAUUAAGGGUUGAUGUUGCUAAAAGAAGAGACAGGAAAAAUCCUGGUGGAGAAAGCAGCAGCAAAAAGGAAGAAGUUGCUCCAGAACAGGUUGCAAUGCAGAGGACAGCAAGGCUUAUCGUUAGAAAUUUACCUUGGAGUAUAAGAAAUCCGGACGAACUAGCCAAGUGCUUCAGAAUGUACGGUACCGUUAAAGAAUCAAAGAUCCCUAAAAAGAAGGACGGAAAAAUGUGUGGUUUUGGCUUUGUGACGAUGGCCAGACACGCAAAUGCUGAGAAGGCUGUGAAAGAAAGUUUAGGAAUGAAAAUCAAUGGAAGAGAAGUGGCUGUUGAUUUUGCUGUGAAUAAGACACAUUGGGACAAUGUGAAGGUUGAUCUGGAGAAAAAAGUAACAGAGCUUGACACUUCCGAGACUGCUGGAGAAGAUAGUACAUCUGAUGUGGAUAUGGCAGAAGGAAUUAAGGAUGAUACUGCAGCAUCAUCCGAGAAUGCAGAAUCUGAGGAUGAUGACAAAGAGCUCAAUGACGAAGAGGAUGACGAAGAGGAUGACGAACGUGUCAAUGAAGAAGAUGCAAAGCUUCUUUCUUUGGAAGAGCCUGAAGAGAGCAAAGAGAAUAGACCAAAAAGGAACAGACAGGAACGUUACUGUGUUUUUGUUCGUAAUAUCCCGUACGAUGUUACGGAGGAUGCACUUAAAGCACAUUUUGAGAAGCUUGGGCCCGUCAAGUAUGCUCUUCCUGUGGUCGACAAGGAAACUGGACUACCAAAGGGUACGGCUUUUGUUGCCUUUGAAUCCAAUGCUGCUUACGAAGAAUGUUUGUUAAAUGCACCAGCAGUUUCCUCGAGCUCUGUUUUGCUACCUGAUGAUGUUUCCCCAUUUUACGUGUAUGAAGGACGGAUCUUGCAAAUUGCUCCUGCCUUGGACAGAGAUUCAGCUGCAAGAAUGGAGGAAAAAAGUGCUAGUAACAGAAAAGAAUUGCUUGGAAGAAUACCGAAAGAAAAUGACAAGAGAAACCUUUACCUUUUAAAUGAAGGUAGAAUUGGUCCAAACUCCAAAUUAGCAGCAUUAUUGAGCCAAAGUGAUCUGGAUGUCAGAGAAAGAUCAUUCAACCUGCGUGUUGAUCAAUUGAAAAAGAACCCAGGUUUGCAUCUUUCGAUGACUAGAUUGGCAAUCAGAAAUUUGCCAAGAGCAAUGAAUGAUAAAUCUUUCAAACAAUUGGGUAGAAAGGCAAUCGUUGAGUUCGCAACCGAAGUCAAACAAAACAUGAGACAACCUUUGUCAAGAGAAGAAAUCGAUAGAUCUACUAAACAGAAGCAUUUUGUUUUGGAAAAAUUGGGAAUCACAGACGAUGAAGAAAAGAAAAGAGUGUCGAAGCACGGUGUCGUUACUCAAGCCAAAGUCAUUAACGAAGUUAAAGGAUCCGGUGAACAUGGAAGAUCAAGAGGUUAUGGUUUCUUGGAGUUUAGAGAUCAUAAGCAUGCAUUAAUGGCAUUAAGAUGGUUGAAUGCACACGAGGUUACUAAAGCUGAAAUUGAUAAAACCAUAAAUAGAAGAAGAUUAGUCGCUGAGUUUGCAAUUGAGAAUGCCAAUGUCGUUAAGAGAAGAUAUGAACAGAUUAUGAGAAGCAGAGCCGAGGGAUCUACUGGAGGUUUCAAGAGAAAGAGAGACGACAAUGACUCUGAUAAAAGAAGUGACGAUAGGAGCUCUAAUAAAAGGUUUGAUAAUGGCAAAGAUAAUAAAAGACAAAAGGCAGGGAAUUUCAAGGGCAAGCGUGGAAACAUGAAUAAGGGACCAAAUGUUGGAGCAAGCAGGUCCUCUGUAGAAUCGUCGAAGCAAGACAAUGCAUCAGUACCAGAAGACGUGAAAAGAAUCAUUGGCAAAAAGCGGAGACAAAGAAAGCAAGGUAAGAAAUAA